CCGUCUGUUUUCCAAACUUUCAGAACAUGGGGAAGGGGUAUGGACGUGAUGUCAGCCCGGAGGCUUCUCAGCACAAUGGAAAGAGGAAAAAGAAAGAAAAAGAUUUGGAGGAGCUGAAAAAAGAGGCAUCUUUGGAUGAUCAUAAGCUCUCUCUUGAAGAGUUGUCAACUCGCUAUGGGGUGGACCUGUCUAAAGGCCUGACCCAUAAAAGAGCAAUGGAGCUCCUGGCACGGGAUGGGCCUAAUGUUCUGACUCCACCUCCAACCAUCCCAGAGUGGAUGAAAUUCUGUAAACAGUUGUUUGGUGGGUUCUCCAUUCUCCUGUGGAUAGGUGCUGUCCUGUGUUUCCUUGCUUAUGGUAUCCAGUUUGCAACUGAGGAAGAGCCAGCCAAUGACAAUUUAUAUUUGGGAGUGGUUCUGGCUGCUGUGGUCAUCAUCACUGGAUGCUUUUCAUAUUAUCAAGAGGCCAAAAGUUCACGCAUUAUGGACUCCUUUAAGAAUAUGGUCCCACAGCAAGCUUUAGUGAUCCGUGAUGGUGAGAAAAGGCAGAUCAAUGCAGAGGAGGUGGUUCUGGGAGAUCUGGUGGAAAUAAAGGGGGGUGAUCGCAUUCCAGCUGACCUACGGGUCAUUUCCUCCAGUGGCUGCAAGGUAGACAAUUCUUCUCUGACAGGCGAGUCUGAGCCUCAGACCCGUUCUCCAGACUGCACACAUGAAAACCCUCUUGAGUCCAGAAACAUCGGCUUCUUUUCCACAAACUGUGUUGAAGGCACAGCCCGUGGUGUUGUAAUCGCAACAGGAGAUCGUACAGUUAUGGGGAGAAUAGCAAGCCUGGCUUCUGGGUUGGAGGUGGGCCAGACCCCCAUCAACUUGGAAAUUGAGCACUUCAUCCACAUCAUUACUGGUGUAGCUGUCUUUCUCGGCGUCUCAUUCUUUAUCCUCUCACUCAUCCUUGGCUACUCGUGGCUCGAGGCUGUCAUCUUCCUCAUUGGUAUCAUCGUUGCCAAUGUCCCUGAAGGACUGUUGGCAACAGUCACGGUGUGUCUGACUCUGACAGCAAAGCGUAUGGCACAAAAGAAUUGUUUAGUGAAGAACCUGGAGGCUGUAGAGACGCUGGGCUCCACCUCCACUAUUUGCUCAGAUAAGACUGGAACCCUGACCCAGAACCGGAUGACCGUGGCUCACAUGUGGUUUGACAACCAAAUCUACGAGGCUGAUACUACAGAGGAUCAAUCAGGCAAUGGCGCCUUCGAUAGGAGCUCCCCCACCUGGACUGCACUGUCGCGCGUAGCAGCACUCUGCAAUCGCGCUGUCUUCAAACCUGGACAAAAAGAUAUUCCUAUUCUAAAGAUGGAGACAGCAGGUGAUGCGUCAGAGUCUGCUCUGCUAAAGUGUAUUGAGCUUUGCUGUGGGUCAGUAAUGGCAUUAAGGGAGAAAAACCCUAAAAUAGCAGAAAUUCCAUUUAACUCAACCAACAAGUUUCAGCUGUCUAUCCAUGAAGUUGAAGAGAUUCCAAAUGGGCAUCUCUUGGUGAUGAAAGGAGCUCCUGAGAGGAUUUUGGACAGGUGCAGUACGAUCAUGAUCAAUGGCCAGGAGCUUCCUCUGGAUAAUGAGUGGAGAGAUACUUUCCAGGGAGCCUACCUGGAUCUGGGAGGUCUUGGGGAGAGAGUUCUGGGCUUCUGCCACCUGGCCCUGUCGCCCAAUCAUUUUCCAAGAGGAUUUGCAUUUGACUGCGAUGAUGUCAAUUUCCCUAUGGAACAGAUGUGCUUUCUGGGUCUCAUGUCUAUGAUUGACCCCCCAAGAGCUGCUGUGCCUGAUGCAGUGGGCAAGUGUCGCUCUGCUGGGAUCAAGGUGAUCAUGGUAACUGGAGACCAUCCAAUUACAGCUAAGGCGAUCGCUAAAGGUGUUGGAAUAAUUUCAGAAGGCAAUGAGACAGUGGAGGACAUCGCAGAGAGACUUAACAUCCCAUUAAGUCAAGUUAACCCACGAGAUGCUAAGGCAUGUGUUGUCCAUGGUGCUGAUCUAAAGGAGAUGAGUUCAGAGUAUCUGGAUGAUAUCCUGAAAAACCACACUGAGAUCGUCUUUGCUCGUACCUCCCCACAACAGAAACUCAUCAUCGUAGAGGGCUGUCAGCGACAGGGUGCUAUAGUGGCAGUGACCGGUGAUGGGGUAAAUGACUCUCCUGCUCUGAAGAGGGCUGACAUCGGCAUUGCCAUGGGAAUAGCGGGAUCUGAUGUCUCCAAACAAGCAGCUGACAUGAUCUUGCUGGAUGACAACUUUGCAUCUAUUGUAACAGGAGUGGAGGAGGGUCGUUUGAUCUUUGAUAACCUGAAGAAGUCGAUAGCCUACACUCUUACCAGCAACAUCCCUGAGAUCUCUCCAUUCCUCCUCUUCAUCAUGGCUAGUGUUCCUCUGCCUCUGGGCACUGUCACCAUCCUCUGCAUUGACUUGGGAACUGACAUGGUUCCUGCCAUUUCUCUGGCUUAUGAGUCAGCAGAAAGUGACAUUAUGAAGCGUCAACCGAGAAACCCCAAAACUGACAAAUUGGUCAACGAGAGACUCAUUAGUAUGGCAUAUGGGCAGAUUGGUAUGAUCCAGGCUUUGGCUGGGUUCUUUACCUACUUUGUUAUAUUGGCGGAGAAUGGAUUUCUGCCGUAUAGACUUCUGGGAUUGCGACUUGACUGGGAUGACCGCAAUGUCAACGAUGUAGAGGACAGCUAUGGACAGCAAUGGACCUACGAGCAGCGCAAGAUAGUAGAGUUUACUUGUCACACAUCCUUCUUCGUUAGCAUUGUGGUGGUGCAGUGGGCUGACCUCAUCAUCUGCAAAACACGCAGAAAUUCCCUUUUUCAGCAGGGCAUGAAAAAUAAGAUUCUGAUCUUCGGCCUGUUUGCUGAGACAGCCCUUGCCGCCUUCCUGUCCUACUGCCCUGGAAUGGAUGUUGCAUUGCGCAUGUACCCACUCAAGGUGUACUGGUGGUUCUGUGCUUUUCCAUACAGCCUGCUCAUCUUCGUCUAUGAUGAAAUUCGCAAAUUUAUUUUGAGGCGACGACCAGGAGGUUGGGUGGAAAAAGAGACCUACUAUUAAUGGAUGUAAUCUGCCUAUGGAAGUGUAUUAUGAAAAUAUGUAACCAAAAUGGUCCUGCUUUUUCAUUUUUUUCUCCUCUUUUUAAAGUAUCUCAUUUAUUUUAUCACUGCAUUAUGAGGGCUCCAUACAUUUUUCUAUGCUAUGGAUGUGUAGGUGAAUUUUCAUAUUUGGAAUGCUGUUGCUAAACUGACAGAGAUGACAGCAGGAUUAGUAGGUUUAACUGGCAUUACCAAAAAUAUGCUACUUCUUUGAUUUCCUGAGACUGGAACAAAAUUAAAAUCAAAGGAUGAUGAUGAUCAAAUGCUUAUUUAUGCAUAUGAUCUAAGAAAGAAAUUCUCAUCAGUCACAAAACCUGUGUUGAAAAGCUGUUUAUAUGAUGAUUAACACUAUAUGUGGUGCUAGUGCAGUGAUAUUUUAACUCUCAGUGAACAGAUUGAUCAGACUCUGGGCCCUAAGACAUAUUAAGAAAAAAAAAACUUUACCUUCUUUGUCCUGGUUAGAGUAACAGAGGAUCCAUAGCCUAUCCUGGGAACACUGGACACAAGGAAUACACAGUACUCUGGAUGAGCUGACAGUCCAUUAUAGCUUCAUGAAUAUACACAAUCUCAGUCUCUAUCAGAUACAGUUGUCAUUGAGAUAUUAGGCAUAGAAGUGUACAUUAAAAAAAAGAACUUUAUGUUGUUAAUUACAUACUGAGAGUAAAUGCAUAUGUUGUAUUUCAGAAUGGGUUAAUGGCACAAUUCUCUAUGUGAUUUUCUUUCUUAAAGUGGAUACAAAAGCUGGCAUACAACAGUUAGAAUAGUUAUCCAGUUGUGAUUUAUUAUUGUGUCAUUAGCUAGCGCUAUAUUAUUAGCUCUAAAAAUACUGUGUCAAAAGUUCUGUCAUUCCACCUAAUACCUUUAAACCAGGGGAAAUCAUGCUACUGUUCACUAUAGGACAAGACUUGAAAAUCCCUGCUAUUUGGGGGAUGGGUGAAUGUCCCUUUUUGUUAGGCAUCGAGUGUUUACAUACAGUAAGUAUAGCAUUUUUGCAUUUUUGUGUCAUGUCAGUAUAAUGAAUUCAAGUUUAUUUCACCUAAAUGUUAGGUUAGUUGGUGAUGGGCAUAAAUGUAAGGUUAGUUGGUGAUUACCCAUUAAGAGCCAGAGUAAAAAUAAAAUAAAAAAGUUUGGAGAUUAAAAGACAAUUGAUAGUACAACUU